AAAAAUUGAUAUGUACUAGCUAUACUAACCGAUAGGAAACAAAAUCAACAACUUUGGAACGGAGACCCUGCCAUUAAUUUCGAUUUUUAUUUCAUGUACUAGAGCCAGCACAUUAACAUGUUGGAACUCUGUCCCUGAGUUUAAAACUUUUUUUAACAGUAGGACAAAGCCACUUCAACUACCUGUAACUUUGAACUCAGUAUUAUUAGGAAAAUGAACAUUGACUAUUCUUAUAUGUACGGAAAACCAGACCUUAGGAAGAUCUGUGCUCAUUAAAUACCCCCAUUUCAUUCUUUCUUAAUUCUCCACAUCUCUGGUUGGCUUCCAGCUGGUACUCCGUUUAGCAGCCAUGGCCGAGGGGAACGUUUGUGCUAAUUAAAUACCCCAUUUCCCUUUUUUCUUUUUGGGAAAAGGAUAGGUUUUUGUAUUUUAGUUGAUGCAUCGGCAUAGCUUCCUAAUUAAUUUUGCUCAUCUUAUCUGCCCUUUCUUCUAUGUCAAAACCUGAAUCUUCUUCUUCCACAUAAUCCUUUUAUGGAAACUUUCUUCUCUUCUAAUAUAUAUAUAUAUACUUGCUUUUACAGGUGACUACAAUGGUGCUAAAUGUGGAUUUACAGUGCUCAAAAUGCUACAAGAAAGUCAAGAAACUUCUCUGCAAAUUUCCUGAAAUACGAGAUCAGGAGUAUGAUGAGAAAGCAAACAAGGUGACAAUUAAGGUGGUGAGCAGCUCGCCGGAGAAUAUCAGGGACAAGUUAUGCUGCAAGGGUGGUGGAUGCCGCAAGGGUGGUGGAUGCAUCAAGAGCAUUGAGAUACCUCCGCCUCCGCCUCCGCCUAAGCCUAAGCCUGAGCCUAAGCCUGAGCCUAAGCCUAAGCCUAAGCCUGAGCCUGAGCCUAAGCCAAAGCCUGUGAAAGUAUCUGACAGUAUAAUAUUUGAGGGUAUUUAUGUAAUUCUGUAGUAUAGUGCUGUAUAUACAUAUAAAUAUGUAAACCUAAUUCUGGAUUGGAAUGAG